AUGGCGCUAUUGGCGGUCUCUGGCAUUGCCCUGCUCGCAUUGAUUCUAUACGCACUCCUAUUCACCGGCCGCCGUGACCGACGCCUUCCACCUGGACCACCAACCCUACCCAUCAUCGGCAAUCUCCAUCAAAUCCCGCCGAAGGGAAGCUAUCUGAAGUUCACCGAAUGGGCGACGAAGUACGGCGGGAUAUACUCUCUCAAACUCGGUCCCGGCACCGCUAUAGUCCUCACCGACCGCGCACUCGUCAAGGCCCUCAUCGACAAGAAAUCCAGCAUCUACUCCAACCGGCCGCAUUCAUACGUCUCGCAUAACCUGAUCACUGGAGGUGACCACAUCCUCAUUGCCCACUAUGGGAAAGUCUGGCAGCUCUAUCGCAAGUACAUCUCGCAGCACUUCAGCAAGAAGAUGGUAGAGGAAGACCACGUACCGAUCCAACAAGCCGAGAUGUCCCAAAUGCUGCAUGACUUCAUGGUACGCCCCGAGGAUCACAUGAUACAUCCGAAGCGGUACAGCAACAGCAUAGCUAUGAGCACGAUCUGGGGCGUACGAACACCGAAUAUCAACACGCCGCAUAUGAAGCGGUUGUAUGACAUGAUGGAGCGCUGGUCGGUGGUAAUGGAAGCAGGAAACACACCACCUGUCGACUUCUUCCCACUUCUGCACUACAUUCCACAGUCCUGGAUCGGAGACAACUGGCGGAGUCGUGCAAGCCGUGUCGGUGAUGAGAUGAACAGUCUGUAUGGUGAGCUUUUGGACCAGCUGUACACGAGAAGAAAGGAAAAGGGCGGCAUGCUUACAUUCAUGGACCGUGUUCUCGACGAUCAGGAGAAAACGGGCAACUUGGAACUCAAUCGACACCAGCUGUACUUCAUGGGCGGUACGAUGAUGGAAGGUGCAAGCGAUACAAGUGCAGCGAUACUGUUGGCAGGAAUUCAAGGCUUGACCAGAUGGCCAGAGACGCAGAAGAAAGCACAGGAAGAGAUCGAUCGUGUGGUCGGACCGGAUAGGCUUCCAACAUGGGAGGACUUCGACAGACUGCCAUACGUUAGCGCAGUGGUAAAGGAAGCCAUGCGCUGGCGGCCAGUCACGCCGUUAGCGUUUCCGCAUGCUGUCGAUGAAGACGACUGGAUCGACGGCCAUUUCAUCCCCAAAGGCAGCGUAAUCUUCAUCAAUGUUUGGGGCCUGCAUCAUUCCCCAUCGUUUCUGCCGCCAAACAUCACCCAUCCGACGGUAUUCAAUCCUGACCACUACUAUCCCGGUCAAGGCAAACCACCGUUACCACUCGCGAACGACCUCGCUAUUUCGACCGACCCAAACAAUCGAGACCACUACGGCUAUGGGUCUGGCCGACGUAUGUGUCCCGGCAUACAUCUUGCGGAGCGAAAUCUGUGGCUGGGCUUUGCUGGACUGCUGUCGGCGUUUGAGUUCAGCGGUUCUGGCAAAGGGAGCGAGAUUGACACAGAUCCGCAGAGAGCGUACAGCGAAGGCUUUUUGGUGUGUGCGAAGCAGUAUGGACUGAAUGUGCAAGUGAGAGGGAGGACACCCGAAGAAAGGGAGAAGAGGAGGCAGACUAUUGUGGCAGCGCAACAGACCGCGCAAGACGAUGUCUUCAGUCGUUACAGCUGA